CAAAGGCUGAAGUACGUCUACAUUUUAUAUUAUCCUGGUCAUUCAGUUUGCUCCGCCUAAAGAGCCGCUCGUUUCGCUGUAAUGUAAUAUCAAACACAACGGUGACGCCAUAUUUUUUUUUUCGUACUACACAAAAUUAGGACACAGUAAUUGGUAACUCUUCCAGCGCUUUUGGGAGAUCGUCGUUCUGAAAAGACAUCGAAAAAAAUGAAGUCGAAUAUGUCCCUUCCUAGACUGGAGGAUGAAGACGAUUUGAACGUGUGGGAGCGGUACGUGCAGCCUGUAUUCGCCGAGUUCACGGGCAGUAUUUUGUACACCUUCAUCGCGUGUUUGGCCGUCUCUGCCAAUAAUGUGUUUGCCAUCGGGAUUGCCCAUGGUUUCGGCAUAGCUGUUCUCUGUACUGCCUUCGUCAGAAUAAGUGGCGGUCAGUUCAAUCCAGCAGUAACCCUGGCCUCACUCUUGUCCGGCGGUACGGGAAUCGUUGGACUUGUCUACCUUCCAUUCCAGUUCAUUGGGGCGCUGCUGGGCUCGGCAUUCGUAAAGGCUUCGAUCUACCAAUACAACUCCUUCGAGGAGAUCCAUGGAGGGGCCAAUAUGAUGCGGGGCAACCGUCGCAUCGACCCGUUCAACGAGUACCAGCGUACCUCCACGUGGCAGAUCAACAUCGUCUCCAUCAUCAUCAUUGAGAUCGUCGCAUCCACUGCCGUCUACCUGUGCUACUUGCUCAACAAUAUUGACGACCGUCAGCCACAGAGGGCUCCUUUGUACUAUGGCAUGGGAGUCGCUGCUGCCGUCAUUUCCACCUACUUCACGUCCGGUGGAGGUUUCAACCCGGCCGUGUCGUUCGCUGCAGCCAUCACCUCAGGCUACUGGAAUGAACACUAUGUGUACUGGGUCGGCCCUCUGAUCGGCGCGCUCCUUGCUGCCCUGGUGUAUCGGUUAAUUUUGGGCGAUCGUAGAAAACGACUCCUCGGCAAGGUACGGUAAACUGUUGACAGGGAUUGCAACAACCUGAACGGCACUUAUUUUCACUCCAAAAUAAAAAAUAAAUAAAAAAAGGUAAAUGUUGGGUUAAAAAACAGAGAAAUGUGCCGACUUUAUAAUAGUUUUUUUUUAUAGUGACUGAUUCUAAGGUGACAAUAUGCUCAGCACAUAAUUUCUUAAUAGAUUCAUGAAAUCUUGACCUUAAUACACUUAACCUGGGGUUUAUAUUCAAAGCAAUGCUGGAAGGGAAGGUGGUGAUCUGGCAAAGGUUAUUGCUAUAGUGAGCUUUUGCCAGCUUAUGAAAGAACAGUUUCUCGAAUCAGAUGAAGGUCUGCAAUUAUGGCAUGCAGUUUUUUUGUGAAUUUGCUAAUUGCAAACUUAAAACAUAGAAUGCUCGCUGCUGAUACCCAUGUAUAUAUACUUUGCUUAAAUACUGGAACUCCUAAUUCCAUGCUGUAGAAACAGUCCGUUUUUCUUUUGUUAUUUAGCAGAACGUUUGUAACAGGUUUGACUAUUUUAAGAAAUGUUUUCAUUUUAUUCGUUGCUCGACUGCAAAACAAAACAGUUAUUCCAAUUAAAAUUGAAAAGCAAAGUGUAGAUAUUAUAUGAUGUACCUUUCGUGAUUCCUAUAUAUUGGUCAAAUUUAAACGGCCCAUGCAAUGUAAUAUUUUUUAUACAAUCCUUGAAAAUGCACUUUUGUGUGCCAUUUUACCUUUAUUUCAAUUUUCGCUUUGCCAUUUUCAAAGGUAUUUUGGUGCCAUUUUAGUUUUAAUGCUAAUACAAAUUUCCGUGUUACCAUGAGCAAAAGUGUGAUGUCACAUCACGCAGAAACCUAAAUGUCACAGCUAUUUCAGCACCAAAAGCUGCUAGAAUAAUAUGGAUAGUUUGCUGUCGUAAAUUUUCUUUUCUUUGGUGAUUCAUUGUUUUGUCAGUAAAUAAGCAGUAGGCCAAUUAGCAAACUUUUCCCACAAAUGCUUUCAAUAAACACAUUUUUGGGUUCACAAUUUGAACACAAAACCCCUAUACUGAACAGUGUUUUCCUGAAAUGACAUCACGGCAACAGUGCCCUCAGUUGCACGGAAAAGCAGGAACAUUUUUAAAUGUUUAAAGAGGUGCACUUUUCAAUAAAAUUAACCACAAUGGAAUGUAAAAUAUAUAGUUUUCAUACAUUUAUCAGGAAUAGAAAGUUAGACAAAAGGUGUUCCUCAGAAAAAAAAAUCAUUUCAGGGACCCUUUAAUUCAAAUAUUGACUUAUACUUGAUGUCAUAUGUAAGACUUUACCAUAUGUAAGACUUUCACAGUUUCUGUGUUUUAUUUAGUUAUAUACCAUCAACAUAUUUAGGGUUUUUACACAUGUAUUUUGUAUUUAGGAUAUAUCAGACAUAGACAAGUUUCUUAAACACUCAUGACCUGAUGCGAGUCAAUUUUCCAAAGUGAAUGUAGUUUGAGAGUCUAUUUUGGGCCAGCUCUGCAAUAGAUCACCCGUCCACUGUGGCCACCCUUCGACCAUCUACACCAGAAUUGUAGUCUCUGGAGUCCAUUUCCAAGUAAUGACAUUUAACCUGGUACUGUAGGAAUUAUUCCCGAGGAAAAUGGAGUGCCCUCAGUAAUUUGGUUUUGACUAUGAGUAAAAAUCUUGCGCAAAAACUGCACUAAAAAUGUCUAUAGCAAAAGGAUUAGGGACUCAACGAGUCCUUCCAAAGAAUAAUGAUCACAUACAUUAAAUGUACAAUUGUUUAUUUUUUGGAGUUUUUUUUCUCCAAACACUCAUAUUAAUCGUGAGCAAAGAAAUUACUUAACUCAGCCUUCGCAUUUAUUUUAUAUUCCUACUACAUUACGUUAUAUUUCAGUGUACUUUGGUCUCUGAAAAGGAUUCAACAACGUGUACGACACUGAUACAAACGCAAAACAAAGUAGACGAUAAACUUUCCUCGAGACCAUAGAUCCUUGUUGGCAGGAUGGACGUUUUAACUGCUUUGGUUUUUGCAUAGCUUAGGUACUCUCCUUCAUGGAUGCUGCUAGUGAAGUAUCAACCCCCACCCUACCCGCACCCCCCCCCC